AUGCCUAGAAAGGGAUAUGAUGUUUCCGGGUCUGCCCCAGGCUCGGCCGCCUCCGAGGCCGCAGCUCGAGCCAAGCAGAGGAGUGCGCCUGGAAACCGCACUCCUCGCGCUGGAACCCCUGCCUUUCCAUCCCAACCCGGUGGAGAGGACCAGGAGACCCCUAGAGCUUCUCGAAUUGGCGUCCUUGCUGGAAGCGCGCCUCUUGACCCUUCCAUGUAUUCGCAGAACAACGUCCUUCAGGGCAACAGUGGAUUCCCGAGUCAGCAACGCUUCCCUGGAGAGCAGCUGUAUCAGAACCCUUUGAACGUCAGUUCAAUGCAGGCUGCCAACCAGUCCGUGGCGCCGCCCAUGGGCGCUUCCUACGGCCACGGAGCAGCUCUCGGCGCGCAGUCGUCGAUGUUCUCAGGAGCUGCGGCCCCAGCUUUCACGGGCCAGUUCGUAAAUGUCCCGGAGCGAUUCAGAGAUGCCACCUUUGGUACUGUGGGCUCUGGAGCACAGCAGCAGCUUUGGAACAGCCACCAGUUCCAUGCUUUGCCCGCCAGCCAGCAUGGAGUUCAGAGCCGUCCCAUCGCUUAUCCUAACCCAGAGCCAUUCGGCCACGGUCAAGCGGCCACGGGGACCACCUAUCACCCGGCACCCGGAGGCACCAACGCGGGAGCUUUUGCAUCCCAGGCUGCCGAAGAAGACACCGAGAUGACGGACGCCGAAGACUGA